AUGGUCGACGGGUCUCUCGAUCCCGCCGUUCUUCCCCAGCCUUCCACCAUGGACGCUCCGACCGAUACCACCCAGAAGUCCACUGGCAAACCCAAACCUCACAUCGCCGACACCGUCAUGACGCGCCGGAACUGGUACCAGCACAUCAACUGGCUAAACAUCACAUUCAUCAUGGCCGUCCCUCUGCUCGGCUUCAUCAAGGCGUACUCCACCCCGUUGUACACCAAAACCGCCGUCUUCGCCGUCAUCUACUACUUCAUCACCGGUCUCGGCAUCACUGCAGGAUACCACCGAUUAUGGGCGCACACAUCCUACUCCGCCAGCGUCCCAUUGCGGAUCUUUUUAGCUUUGGCAGGAGCCGGCGCCGUCGAAGGCUCCAUUCGCUGGUGGUCGCGAGAUCACCGAGCGCACCACCGAUACACCGACACCAUUAAGGAUCCCUACAGCGUUCGCAAAGGGCUGCUUUACUCGCAUCUCGGCUGGAUGAUCAUGAAGCAGAACCCGAAACGCAUCGGCCGCGUCGACAUCGCCGAUCUCAACGAGGACCGCAUCGUCGCUUUCCAGCACCGCCACUUCCUGAAGGCCGUCAUCAUCAUGGGCCUCGCCUUCCCUACCCUGGUGUGCGGAUUGGCCUGGAACGACUGGAUGGGCGGCUUCAUCUACGCCGGACUCAUCCGCAUCUUCAUCGUCCAGCAAGCCACCUUCUGCGUCAACUCGCUCGCCCACUGGCUCGGCGACCAGCCCUUCGACGACCGCAACUCCCCCCGCGACCACGUCAUCACCGCUGUCGUCACCCUCGGCGAAGGCUACCACAACUUCCACCACGAGUUCCCCUCCGACUACCGCAAUGCCAUCCAGUGGUGGCAGUACGACCCCACCAAGUGGUUCAUCUGGACCAUGAAGAAGCUCGGUCUGGCCUCCGACCUCAAGACCUUCUCCGCCAACGCCAUCGAGAUGGGCCGCGUCCAGCAGCUCCAGAAGAAGCUCGACCAGCGCCGCGUGAAGCUCGACUGGGGUGUCCCCAUCGACAAGUUGCCCGUUAUGGAGUGGGACGACUACAUCACCCAGUCCGAGAACGGUCGCGCCCUCAUCUCCAUCGCCGGUGUCGUCCACGACAUCUCCGACUUUGCUGCCCACCACCCCGGCGGCAAGGCCAUGAUCCGCAGCGGCAUCGCCAAAGAUGCCACCGCCGCCUUCAACGGCGGCGUCUACCGCCACAGCAACGCCGCCCACAACCUGCUCGCCACCAUGCGGAUCGGCGUCAUCCGUGGUGGCAUGGAGGUCGAGAUCUGGAAGCGCGAGCACCAGCAAGGCGCCUACAUCAAGGACGAGGGCGGCAACCGGAUCAUCCGUCCCGGCGCGCAGGUCACGAAGAUGGCGGAGCCCAUGGCCACGGCCAGUGCGGCUUAA